AUGUAUGCUGGGGUCAGGAACAGGGACAUAUGGUCAGAGGAGUCCAGGGACACAUCAGCAUGUAGACUAGAGGAGCCAGCGAUUGAUCCUCCGACCUUUGGGUUGAAGGUCAACCUGGUCUACCCACUGACCACAGCCACCCCAUCAAAGUCAGGUUCUCAUCCAAUAGGAGAAAGGGUAAAGCAGCAGCUGCUCUACUGCCGUGUUGGGAUUGGUUACCAUCUUCAGAUUCUGCCCAAUGGCUCUGUUGGAGGAGUCCACAAUCCCACUGAGUUCUCUUGGCUCAAAGUGUUUGCUAUGAAACAUGGAGUCGUCGGAAUCAAAGGAGUCAAGAGUGGCUUGUUCCUCUGUAUGAGUAAAGAAGGACAGGCAUAUGGAACGGAGCAGUUUUCUUCCGACUGCCUGUUGAAGGAGAACCUGGAGGAGAAUCAUUACACCACCUACUCCUCUCUGUCUCAUCCUGGAAACUACCUGGCUCUGUCACACAAAGGAGAGCUCAGAAAGGGCAGCAGUGUGGGCCGACACCAGCCCUGCACACACUUCCUCCCUCGAAGAGCAUCAUGA